GCCACACAAACUCCCCAAACAUCCAAUAAAAUCGCAAUUCAACUUGUUUUUCUCUUCUUCAAAAUCUCAUCAAAAAAAUCUUCCAGUCAACCAAAUCCCUAUUUUCGGGCGCCUCCGUUCGCUCGGAAAACAAAUUAUCCUCCUUUACCAUAUCUUCUGAUCGACGAAAAGUCCGUUCGAUCUCUGGAUCAUCCAUGCCAGAGAUCGAACAUGUUGUACCCACCACAAUGGCGUCGUCGGAAAACGCCUUGUUCGGCAAAUAUGAGCUCGGCAAGCUCCUCGGCUGCGGCGCAUUCGCCAAGGUCUACCACGCCAGAGACACCAGGACCGGCCAGAGCGUCGCCGUCAAAAUCAUCAACAAGAAGAAGAUCGUCGGAACCAGCUUGAUGUCCAACGUCAAGCGCGAGAUCUCUAUCAUGCGCCGGUUGCACCACCCCAACAUCGUCAAGCUCUACGAAGUCCUCGCCACCAAGACCAAAAUAUACUUCGUCAUGGAGUUUGUCAAAGGAGGUGAGCUCUUCGCGAAGGUUGCAAAGGCACGGCUUAGCGAAGAUCUCAGCCGCAAAUUCUUCCAGCAGCUGAUCUCCGCCGUCGGGUACUGCCACUUGCGUGGGGUCUACCACCGAGAUCUGAAGCCGGAGAACCUCCUCGUCGACGACAAAGGCGAUUUGAAGGUUACGGAUUUCGGACUCAGUGCUGUCACAAAUCAGAUCCGACCCGACGGACUGUUACACACUCUGUGCGGUACGCCGGCGUAUGUGGCGCCGGAGAUUCUGACGAAGAAAGGUUACGAUGGUGCGAAGGUGGAUGUGUGGUCAUGCGGAAUCAUCCUCUACGUGUUGAACGCCGGUUAUCUUCCGUUCAAUGAUCCGAAUCUCAUGACGAUGUAUAAGAAGAUCUACAAAGGCGAGUUUCGUUGCCCUAAAUGGAUGUCGAAUGAUCUGAAACGGUUCUUGUCUCGGCUUCUGGACACGAAUCCCGAGACGAGGAUCACCGUUGAUCAGAUCACCCAUGAUCCCUGGUUCAAGAAAGACUACAAAGAGGUGAAGUUUCACGAUGAAUAUAUCGACGAUUUCAAAGACGACUUAAAAGGUAAUUCACUCAACGCGUUCGAUAUAAUCUCGUUCUCGUCUGGUUUGAAUCUCUCCGGUUUGUUCGAUGAGUCGAGUAGCUCAGUGAACAACGGCGAGAGAUUGGUAUCAGCCGGUUCACCGGAGAAGAUAAUCGAGAAAGUUGAAGAACUAGCCAAGCGCGAGAACUUUAGGAUAGGGAGAAAGAAGGAAUUUGGCUUGGACCUUGAAGGGCAGGAUAGUAAUUUUACUAUUCGGCUAGACGUUUUUGCCUUGACCGAUGACUUGGUGGUUGUGGAGGUUAGACAAAGAGCUGGCAAUGCAGACUUGUACCAUGAGCUGUGGGAUAAGAAAAUUAGGCCGGAGCUAAUUGGACAACAGGAAGCCCAGGUCGGAGGCAGCUAAAGCUGCGCCGCCGGCGGUGGUGGUGUUGUAUUAUAAUUUAUGGUAUUGAUGAAGGUUGUGUUUGUAGGUUAAAUAAAAUGAUAUAUAUCUACGGUAAGAAAACCAAAAAAAGUUAAAUUAAAUUAACAUGAAGUAGCCGGGUGUUUUCGUUGUUUACCCGGAUGAUUAUUAAUUGUACCAUGUGGCUGUACAUACAACAGGCCCUUGUUCUUUGGUAUAUGAGUUUGUUGUGCUCUC